AUGUUGCUCAACUUGAAAAAAAAAAUUGAAUUAAUUGAUAAACUUGAACAAGAACUUUGUGCUCGACAAAAACUUAUUGUUGAAGCAGCUUUUAAACAUAUGGGUGAUUUAAUCAAAGAAAUUUUUCAUGGAAAAGCUGAAUCACAAAGCAGCGCUGAAAUUGGUCAAAUUAUUGAACAAGCUGUUACACUUGGACAAGAAGAUGCUUCACCUCGUCUUCCUUCAAUUUCAACAACUGUUAUGAUAACUGAAGAAUCAGCUGAUAGUGAAGCGGUUGUUGAUAAAAAAACAACACCAAAUGAAUCAUCAAAAUCAAGUUGCAGCUCAUGA